AUGGGCAACCAACCGUCCAAAGAAAAAGAUGGCAAGAGUACACCAGGCUCGCAGACGCCGACGGGGCCAGGCCCAAACUUGGAUUCGUACCCAUCCUUUAGCAAGUCAGAUACACGAGAGUCCGCGAGAAGUCUGAGGACUGCCUUGCGCACGAAGAUACCGGGCAGUGCGCGGUCAGCAGAGAGUCCCAGGAGCUCGUCCACGCAGCUGACAUCCCCUGUGGAUGAUCGGGCGGAUUCGCGGUCUAUUAGCUCGACGACGAGCGGGAAAGCAGGACAACGGCAGGCUCGCGCGAGCGGCUCGUCGAACAUAACUCCCGAAGAGCGAGGCAGUAUUGUAGCCGAUGAUGACGACAUACAACCCCCGCCAUCGCCCACACAAGCAGCGACUGUGGGCGGGGAUCACAAAGGCAUCGAAGAUGCGCAAAGAAGCGGCGAAGUGGACGCGGUCUCGGACGCACCGCCUUCAGGUAAUGCGCGACACACGUCCAACGUUGAGCCCUUACCUUCGAUUCUGGUGAAGAAAGAGAGCAGUGGAGCUCCAACACAGGGCGCAGCAGCAGCAUUGGCACUGGCAGACGGCGGCAUCCAAUCGCCGACUAAUAGCAGCAACCCCGAAAUUGGCGCACUGAAGCCGUCCGACCUGGACGACAUGAUCAAGCGACUUGUGGACGCCGGCUACGCUGGUAAGGUCACUAAAACGGUAUGUCUCAAGAACGCCGAGAUCACUGCCAUUUGCAAUGCUGCGCGCGAGCUCUUCCUCUCCCAGCCGGCGUUGCUGGAAUUGUCGCCUCCAGUCAAGAUCGUAGGAGACGUGCAUGGCCAAUACACCGACCUGAUCCGGAUGUUCGAGAUGUGCGGCUUUCCACCCAACUCCAACUUCCUCUUCCUUGGCGACUACGUGGAUCGCGGCAAGCAAUCACUGGAAACCAUCCUACUCCUCCUUUGCUACAAACUGCGAUAUCCAGAGAACUUCUUCCUGCUCCGUGGCAACCAUGAAUGCGCCAACGUCACGCGUGUCUACGGCUUUUACGACGAGUGCAAACGAAGAUGCAACGUCAAAGUCUGGAAGACGUUUGUCGACACCUUCAACACCCUCCCCAUCGCCGCCAUCGUCGCCGGCAAGAUCUUCUGCGUGCACGGUGGACUUUCUCCUAGCUUGAGCCACAUGGAUGACAUUCGGAACAUUGCGCGGCCGACGGAUGUGCCGGACUAUGGAUUACUGAACGAUCUACUGUGGUCUGAUCCGGCAGACAUGGAGGCUGACUGGGAAGCAAAUGAACGAGGAGUUAGUUACUGCUUCGGGAAGAAGGUGAUUAUGGAGUUCCUGGCCAAGCACGACUUUGACUUGGUCUGUCGGGCGCACAUGGUGGUGGAGGAUGGGUAUGAGUUCUUUAAUGAGAGGAUUCUGGUAACUGUGUUUUCGGCGCCUAAUUAUUGCGGUGAAUUCGACAACUGGGGCGCAGUGAUGAGCGUAUCGGGCGAGCUGCUAUGCUCCUUCGAACUCCUAAAGCCUCUGGACAGCAGCGCGCUGAAGAGCCAUAUCAAGAAGGGCCGCAACAAGCGACAGAGCAUGCUUAACAGUCCGCCAGCGAGCGGUUUCACGCAGAGUUAUUAG